CCGGGGGCGGCGGCGGCGAGCGGGGCUCGCUGAGGGGAGGGCGCUCCAUGGGCAGCGGGGCUUCCGCGCGAGGGGCCCGCGGCGGCCCGGCUGCUGCAUGCGCUCGGCCGCCGCUCUCCGGGUUUCACCUCUGGCUUGCCCAAUGGCCGCCAAGUGACAGCGAGUGUUGACUGCGAGCUCUCCAGGCGCGGCGGCUGCUGGGAUGUUGCGGCAGAACGGCGGGAGCAACAAGCGUGGUUUGGGAUUAGCCCGCCUGUCCACCUCCAACUUCUUCACCAUCUCCACUGCAGGAAACUGGGCAAUGGGGCGCAGCACCAAGAGCAGCUCUCUGAGCAGCAUUAGCUCCAACUCUGACUGCUUUGAUUAUCCUGUUGUGGAUCCAGAAUAUAUCAUGCAAGUGGUGAACGAUGUCCGAAAAUUUGCAGAUGUGCUACUGUAUUUGAGGGAAGCCUUUCUUUCAGAAGAAAAUCAUGAUGGCCUGCAUCAAGUAGUUCAUGAGCGCCUGGGGGAGUUACUACGUGUUUUAAAAGCAGUGAUAAAUAAACAUCAGACUCUAAAUUCAGUUGAUAUUCUUAGUGCUGCAGGAACAGUUAUUGCAAAAGUAAAAGCGGUGAACUUCAAAGAAGUUAAUGAAGAAAAUAAGAGAGAACUCUUCAGUGAAAUAUUUUCUUCCAUUGACAGAUUGGCACUCAAUUUUGGAAACGUUGUUUCAGACUUCCUUAUGGGAGAUGUAGACAAUGGCUCGUCACUGGGGCUUCCUGUAUCUCGGAGAAGUCGGUCUUUUGAGAAUCUUUCUGUGGAGUCUGGGGGUUCACUGCAUGAAAGGGAUGAUAUUCAAGGACAUCUUCGAGCAGAGGAGGUUGAUAGCAUGCUCCUAAGAAAUGACAGUGGAAUUGAGUCGGCUCUGUCCUAUGCCAAAGCAUGGUCCAAAUAUACCAAGGAUGUAGUGGCAUGGGUAGAAAAAAAGCUUAGCUUGGAAGUGGAGUGUGCUAAAAGUUUAGCAAAAAUGGCUGAAACUGCUAAAGCUGUUGUUGGACACCAGGAUUAUAUGCCAUUCCAGUCAAUAUUCAUUAAUGCUUUUCAAAAUGAUAUUGAGAACAGUCAACUUUGGCAACAAACAGCUGCUGCUCUCCAGUCUAACAAAUUUGUGCAGCCUCUUCUUGGAAGGAAAAAUGAGUUGGAUAGACAAAGGAAAGAUAUCAAGGACCUUUGGCAGCGAGAACAGAAAAAAAUGCAAGAUCUGGAAGCUGCUCUCAGAAAAGCCAAGUUGCUGUAUACCCAGCGUCAGGAUGAGUAUGAAAAGGCAAAAUCCUGCACUGCUCGUGCUGAGGAGGAACAGCUUAGCUCAAGUGGGAGCUUUGUGAAAGAUUUCAGCAAGCAACUUGAGAAAAAACGAAGGCUAGAAGAGGAAGCUCUUCAAAAGGCCGAAGAAGCCAAUGAGCACUAUAAAGCAAGCAUGGCAGAGGUUGAAGAAAAAAGAAAUUAUUUGGAAAGCUUUAAAAGUGAUGUUUUAACACAGCUUCGGGAGCUUAUUUACCAGUGUGAUCUUACUCUUAAAGCUGCAACAGUUAACCUGUUCCAGCUGCAGCAUGCUCAGGUUGUAUCUCUGCCAGUUAACUGCCAGUCCCUGUGUGAGAGUGCCAAACUCUAUGACCCUGGUCAGCAGUAUUCAGAGUUUGUGAAAAGUUUGCCAAAGGAUGGUGUUCCUGUUGAAUCAGGUUGUUUUGAAACCCAGAAUUCCCAGGUUGAUGGGGUUUUUAAUAAGCAAUCAACAAACAGCGUCCAUACAUCCCAUGGUAACUUAUCUCAGUGUUCAGGAGAUUUUCCUGCUCAGGCAUUAGAUGAUGUGGGAAGCCCAAUUUAUCAUCGUUCACAAAAGGUUAGAGAGAAGAGGUCUUCCAGCAACACAGAUAUUCCAGCAGUGCGAGGCCCACCACCGUUCAGAUCGUGGUCAGUUGGCAACCAGAGUGGGGGAAUGUGCAGUGACUCGGAAAGUGCAGGGGGGAGCAGUGAGUCCCGGUCCAUGGAUUCCCCGUCUGCCAGCCCAGGGGAUUUUAAAAGACGACUUCCCCGAACACCUUCCACUGGGACUAUGUCAUCUGCAGAUGAUCUUGAUGAAAGAGAGCCACCAUCUCCUUCAGACUGUGGUUUAAAUGAUCUCACAUCUGAAGCUGCAAAUUCUCCAGGACCUUUUAGAAAUGCUAAUAUGUCCAAAGCAGCACAAACACACAAACUGCGGAAGCUGAGAGCUCCAUCUAAAUGCAGAGAAUGUGACGGCCUGGUAGUAUUUCAUGGAGCUGAAUGUGAGGAGUGUUCACUUGCAUGCCAUAAAAAAUGUUUAGAGACUUUAGCUAUUCAAUGUGGGCACAAAAAACUUCAUGGAAGGCUUCACUUAUUUGGAGUGGAAUUUGCCCAAGCUGCUAAAAGUUUUCCUGAUGGCAUUCCUUUCAUCAUCAAAAAGUGUACGUCAGAAAUUGAAAGCAGAGCACUGAAUGUCAAGGGCAUCUAUCGUGUGAAUGGAGCCAAGUCAAGAGUUGAAAAGCUUUGUCAAGCUUUUGAAAAUGGAAAGGAUUUGGUUGAGCUCUCAGAACUCUAUGCACAUGACAUCAGCAAUGUUCUCAAGCUGUAUCUCCGCCAGCUUCCAGAGCCCUUGAUUUUGUUUCGGCUUUACAAUGAGUUCAUUGGACUUGCAAAAGAAAGUCAGAAUGCUAAUGAGGAAUUGGAUGCUAAACAAGCUAGCCCCAAAGCAAAGACAAGACAGUCACUCUGUAUUGAACUGAACAGGAUCAUCAUUAAAAUUAAAGAUCUUCUGAAACAACUGCCUGUACCAAAUUAUAACACUCUUCAGUACCUUAUUGGACACCUUCACAGAGUUACAGAACAGUGCGAUGAAAAUAAAAUGUCAGCCAGCAACCUUGGCAUAAUAUUUGGCCCAACUCUGAUCAGGCCGCGUCAAACCGAUGCUACGGUUUCUUUGUCAUCACUUGUGGACUACCCUUACCAGGCCCGGGUAGUGGAGCUGCUCAUAACAUACUAUGAAAAGAUAUUUGAUGUCUCCUUGAAACCACUUCUGAGCGCUUCUCAUGCUGAAGAAACAGCUGGUACUGUCAGAGUUGCUUUAUCAGCAGACGAGAGGGAGCCGCAGCAGCAGAGGAAAUCGUUUGUUGCUGUAAAGGAACAGGGUAUUCAAAUAGUUCCAUGUGAAAGAGCUUCAGAAACAGCUGCACUCUUUUUGGAAUCGAAGAAUAGCAAGAAUACAAAAGAAGCAGAUAUAUCUGUAUCUGGUGAUGUUGCGAGUCCAGCUUCAGAGAAAGACAAUGAUCCAUUCGUUUGUCUAGGUGAAGACCCCUGUCAAGUGAACUUGGUUACUGUGAAACCCAACCGUCAGAUGGGCAAAGUUCCGUUGCGGGCUCCAAGGACAAAGGCAGCGUCUCGCCCUGUCAGCCUGCCUGUGGACCGAAUACUGCCUCCGUGUGUUCUGAACGAAAGGAAUUCACGAAAUGCAGGGGCAGUGAGUUCAGAGAAGCUGGGCAGAAGCCCCACUAUUGAAGAAGUCUCAGAGGUGAAGGCAGUCCCUGCUGUUGAUACCUGCUGCAGACUGCCUUGUUAUGACAGCCAGAUGCUGCGAAAAACUUGGGACAAGCAGUACAAACAGUAUGAUAUCACAGCAAGGACAGCAAUGAUUGUGACUAACAUGCCCCAGGAGAUCCGAGCACUCGAGAGUGGAACUGCAGGUGCUUUAUCAUCAUCAAGCAGCCUUGGGAACAAUCCAGCUAAAGCCAUUCUUCCUAAUAAGCCAUAUUCUGUUGUCGGGUCAGGAAGGACAGCUGCAGAAGAGAAUGGUCCUGAUGUUAAUCCUCUUGCUGCCUUUAGGCCACCAAGAACAUUGCAACCACCCCCAGGGACAUUUUAUAAACCACCCUCUAACAAAUCAAAAGAAAAUGGAGAUGGUUCUUCUGCUAAAGCUUGUGCACCCACCGGUGCUAGCUCUGUGCUUCCCCAGGAUAAUACUGUGAAACUGGCUAGGAGCUCUGCACUGCUGUCAGGUGAUGAACAAAACACAAAUGAACAGAAAUCUAGCUCAGAGGAUAGUCACUCCACAGAUCUGAAGCCUGCUUACCAUAGACUGAGACCAAAAAGGAUCCAAGAACUGGAACACAGGGAAGCUCAUUUUGUAUAGGGUGCAAAUUCCUCUUGUACUAUAUGCAAUUUCUUGAUGUUGCCCAGUGGAGGCUUCCCUUUGCCCCUUUAUCCUUUGCCUUCCCUUGAGAAUCCCACUUUUGUGCCAUAUUUGAGUUAUUUUUAUAUAUGCAGCAUUUUAAAAAUGGGGGGAGGCCUGGGGAACUGUGAAUUAAAGUCAAACCUUUUGUAGUUCAGUAGCUUUCAAUAAAGAUGUAAUACAUUCCCAGUCUAGACACAGGGGUUCAUUGAAUAAGACAUUGAGCUUCAUUUCAUUGUGUGGAAUGGAGUGCUUAUUCAUAGAGAAACAGCUAUUUUUCUUAAUAGAUGUUAUAAUAAAAAUGAAAGGUUUAAUGUUCACUGUCUAAGCAUAAACCAAAGCUUGUGCUUUGCUCUGUAAAAGCAUUUGUUCAUUUUUCUAAUCUGUGCAAUUAAAGCUUUGCUUUUGAACAGGCUUACAUACUGGUCAGCAUGGCAAUAAUUAUGUAUCAUAUGUGUAUAUUUUAGGCAGACAUGGUUAUCUGUUGCCAUUUUUCUAUGUUGCCGCUUUAAUUUUUUCUUUUGUACAGCAAGGAUGCAUUUACUGAGCUUUACUAUUCAGAAGCAGCAGUCAAUUCACAUCUGGUCUCUUGUAUAGCUUAGUGAGUGGGGCAAAUGUGCACAGCCUGUUUCACUUGGGUGCCAUUCUGGACACAUUCAUUGCCCUGGUGUUGUCUUUCCCAGGUGAAUGACAAGGCAGUGAUUUGCUUGCUAUAGAUCAGUUUUACCACUUAACCUGGUGUAACUGAAAUUAAAAGCUUUGUUUCCAAGUUUCCAUGAAACAGAUAAAAAUAACCAAAAAUCAGCGUUAGUAGGUGCAUCUAAUGGUUUUCACUUUGUAUUAAAUGGUUUUUAUGUGUACACUGUGUUAUAUUUGCUUUAAAAUAUAUUAACGUGUUAACAUUUCAGUGACUCUAUGGCUUCUAUAUCUGGAUUUCUUCUAACUUAUUAAAAUACAGAUGUUUGGCCUUUGCAAUAGUGUAGUACUCUCCUGUAUCUGUCUUCUGGGACUAGGGGGUGGCAUGCUUUUCUUUAUGGGAUUACAAUUAGCAUGACCCUUUCCUGCAUACUGUAGAGUACAGUUGUUUUAGCAUGGUACUUUCUACUGAUGUAAGCACCAGGAUGACUCUCAAAGGAUGGCAAAGGUCAAAAAUCACUUUUCUGUUUUUUCAACAGGAAAUACACUGGACUUUAAUACACCAUUACCUUUGCCAAUCUUUCCUAAACACCACAGAUAAAAUCCCACAGUCUGUUUGGUGGACGUAAUCUGAUUUUUGUUUCUAAAACUCACAAUGCUGGACUUUGAUUCCUUGUCACAUUUCCACAGAAGUAGGACUUGCAUUCUUGGCAAAGGCCAUCGUAUCACUGGAUGGAUCUGGCCAUGCUUGAGGUCAUUUCUUGGGGAGCUGCCUCUUAUUACAAAAAACCUGAAAGCCCCAGAUGCUGCUGUCUGCCCAGACUGGUGUUGGGAGUUGCAGAACAAAAUAUAUGGAAAGGCUUCUUGACAUAGAUGGGAAUUUG